AUGAGAUAUCCAUCUGGCGAAGCCGGUUUGUUCCGAAAUCCUUUGGAAGUACUGGGUCCUUUGUUUCCAACGAGCAAGUCGAUAAACAUUUGCGAGAUAUUAAUUACUUUGCAAGCAAACGUGGCAUCCAAUAUACGAUUUUCGGAAAGAGGCCGUAAGGUGUGCUCAGAAGUGUGCAACCAGUACCAGAAGAAUAUGGUCACCAAUGGUCCCGUGGACGUGAUUUUGUUGCAAGGGUACUGCGAUUACUCCAACAAAGGCGAUUCCAUGGAUACAAACAAUUAUCGAGGAGUUGCGCUUUUAGACUCGUGCUACAAAAUUCUAUCCUUGGCAUUACUACGAAGAUUGGAGGUAUACUCUAGAGAUGUAAUAGGAGAGUAUCAAAGUGGUUUCCAAAGAGGAAGGUCCAACUCUAACAAUAUUUUCACAAUCAGACAACUAAUGGAAAAAUCCUAUGAAUUCCGAAAGGAUGUGCACUGUCCUUUGUGGAUUUCAGGCAACACCCAUACGAUGUGCAAAGUGAAGUUUGACAACGAUACAUCUGACAGUUUUGAGGUUAGCAUAGGACUCAAACAGGGUGAUGCCUUAUCACCAGUCCAUUUCAACCUAGCGCUCGAGAAGAUGAUCAGAUCAAUAUCAACACGACCAGACAUGGAGUUACUGUCCAAUAAUACACUUUUGGUAUAUGUAGACGAUAUAGUUAUAAUAAGUAACACACGGCAAGAUGUGAUAAGAACUAAUGAUUUAAUAAAAGCAGCAAAGCCAAUGGGUUUAGAAGUAAAUCAGUAUAAAACCAAAUAUUUAGUCAUGACUAAGGGAACAAGAGAUAACUUUGACCUAAUAGUAGAAAACUAUACCUUUCAACAAGUGGAAAAUUUCAAAUAUCUUGGAGCAAACAUAAAUCAAUACAAAAAUAUGCAUAACGAAAUCAAACUAAGGAUAUCAGCCGCUAAGGGUUACUAUGCGUUAAAAAAACUGUUCAAGUCAAAGCUCCUCUCCAAACGAUCAAAGGAACUUUUGUACGCAAGUGAUGAAGAGAAAAUGGCUUGUUUCGAAAAGAGAAUUCUUAGAAGGAUAUAUGGACCCACAUUCGAAAACGAAGAGUACAAAAGAAGAACUAACGUUGAAAUACAACAAAUUUAUCAAAAACCCAGUAUCUCUGCAUACCUCAUGAGCAAACGAAUUGAGUGGACAAGUCACGUUUGGAGAUCAAAUGGAAUUCUAAAGAAAGUUCUAGAGGGGAAAAUUAAUGCAAAAAGACCUAGGGGUCGCCCUAGACAACGCUGGUUAGAUAGGGUUAAUGAAGAUCUAAAUAAGUACACACCAGGUAUAUUAAUAGAAGACAGCGUUGAUAGAGAAAGCUGGAAAAAAGUAGUAGAGACAGCGAAAGUCCUUCAAGGACCGUAA